UUAUUUCCAUUGUUCCAGGAUAAAGGCCCUGAACCGCCAGAACUUUUGCAUCCAGUACAGUACGCAGGCAGGGCGCGUGAGCUGCAGGUCUACCCGCUUCCAUUGGAAGAGUCAGACCACGAACUCAAACUAAAUGUGACGUGGUUGCCCUCAUUAGGGCCGCCAGCACGGGACUUCUCUUUAGAAGUCCGCAGCGUAACGAACACUGCUGACUGCAAAUCUCCAAUGUGUUAUGAAUAUAACAUUCCUGGGAAUGCAACGUGGUGGUUGGUGCCAGCGUUCACCAACCAUGUGGCGGAGACGUGUGCUGUCCGACCCGGGUGCGCGUACAAAGUAGUGGUCACAGCCCACCCAUGGGACGGACGGACUGUCGCUGACAAACUCAUAGAGUUAGAUGAAUGCGAGGCGGGUGUAUGCUCAUGCGCCUAUUCUCCUCGCCUCCCGGCGCCAAUUGUGACAGCUCAGACCAUAACGCAAGAUGGCGAACUAGUUGCCAAUAUCAGCUGGACUCUGCCGGAGCCGAGUUUCCCACAACGCCUACCGCGUGGGUUGCAAAAGAAGAAUUAUUUUGUCAGUAUAGGUAAACAAAUGGUAACAGAUGCACAUCCUUCGCCAUGGUUUGCGAAUACCAUUACACAAAGAGUCGACACAAGCGGCCCAGUGGCGACUGGGGAGAGUUCGCGGUGGCUUCUGUUACACAUUGUCGAGCGAAGCGGAGAGCGACAGGACCAGACUAAAAUGUUGGACGUCAAGUUACUUGCACGAGUCAACUUGAUCGACGAACGAGGAUGCAUUGGGCCUGCUGGAAAUGCUACUGCUUAUGAUCCAGAUGAAAUGAACAAAAUUCCUUAUGAAAAUUAUAUAAUAUGGGCUCUUUUAGGUGGAUUAUGUGUUCUAGCAAUGGUUGCAAUAUUAGCAGUCAGCGCGCGAGCCGUCAAAAGAAUACUGAGCGCACUCCGUCCGCCGCCCGCGUCCGCUCCUCUCGAGCCACUGCGUCGUCGCCCGGCCUGGUUGCCUCUACGGCUGCGUACAAACAAUGACGUGCCUAGAGCGCAAUUUGAACAAAGCCCGUUGUAUGUUCAUAAAGAAUUUGAGUUCGACGAAAUAGAGGGCGCUGAUGAAUGGGAAGUGAGCUGGUCGCGAGUCCACCUCGGUUCGAUGAUCGGCAGCGGAGCAUUCGGUCGAGUCCACGUAGCCCAAUUGGACACGGUCAAGGGUGAAACUAUCACUGUGGCUGCUAAAAUGUUGUCAGAAAACGCGUCAGAAGAGGAGAUGCAAGAUUUCCUUCGAGAGAUAAACAUGUUGAAACAUGUUGGAUGUCACAAGCACGUCAUUAGAUUGAUCGGAUGCUGUACCAGACGCGCGCCGUUCAUAGCCCUACUGGAGCAUGCUCCCCGGGGAGACCUUCUGUCGCUGCUGAGGGCUGCGAGAGGGCGACGGAAGGCGGACCAGCAUUGCGAGUCUAAUGUUACCAGGAGGGUCGACAGCGACUCGACUGUGCCGCAUCUCUCUGAGAAUAAUUCUGAGUACACAAACAUAAGUGACUCGGAUCCGACCCUCAGUGAGACCAAGUUGUAUGAUAGUGAGAAACCGAAGAGCAAGGACCACUACGUAGCUGAACCAGCGCUCCAUCUGGACAGCAGCACCAUGAGGGACUACGCAUUGCAAGUGGCACUGGGCAUGAGGCAUUUGGAAGAAAGAGGUAUCACUCACAGAGACCUGGCAGCUCGCAAUAUCCUCGUGGACGCAGCCGGCGUCCUGAAGGUGGCUGACUUCGGCCUCUCCCGGACGGGGGUGUACGUCCACACGAGGUCGAACCCCGUACCCCUGCGGUGGUUAGCGCCUGAGGCCAUACUGCACUCGCAGUACUGCAGCGCCAGUGAUGUUUGGGCAUUUGCUGUUUUACUAUGGGAAAUCGCUACUUUAGGCGGCUUCCCGUACGCAGAACUCAGUAAUCACCAGAUCCCAGCGUUCCUGACAAGCGGGAAUCGCUUACAGAAGCCCGCGAGGGCGUCCCCCAGACUCUACCAGCUAAUGGUGGAAUGCUGGUCGGACGAUCCCAACGACCGGCCAACAUUUGCUCAAAUAGUGGAUAAACUAACCGCGCAGCGGCAAUUGUAUGUUGAUCUGGACUGCAUACUCCCACCGUUUCAUGACGACGUCAUGUACAGCGAAUACAGUUUCAGCUCCGCCGGAGAAUCACGAUGAUGUUAAGACUGAAUAUUUUUAUUGUUGUUAUUAUCUCUGUCAAUUUUGCACAGUAAAUGUUUAAGCAAA